UUAAAAAUAAGGUGUCAUUUAGAAUAGUAGUAUGCAUUUCUGUGAAUAACCCCCAAACUAUGCAAACUUCCUAGACUUAAAGGAAAGAAAGAGACAAACAGUUGUUAUACCCUUCUUCCCUUAUACAGUUAAAUGCAAAUUCUCCUUUACAGUCAUAUUCCUGAUAUCUCCCUGCAUACACAGCUGAUACGCCACCUACUGCAAACCCGAGCUGACAGUCGGAGCAAUGCUAGCAGCAUUUCGAUUCCAACAUCGUGCUGGAGCUGAAUAAAGGUGCUUUUUCAAAAAAAAAAUCUCUUUGCAAGCUGAGAAGAAUAAAGCAAGAUAGCUGGCUUUUUGUCCUAGCUUCGAUAAUGGAGAGAAAAAUAAACAGAAGAGAAAAGGAAUGUGAAGAAAAACACAGCAACUCUGAAGGCUCUGAGCAAGACAAGGACUAUAAAACGUCUCUGAUUACUCUGAAUGUUGGUGGCUAUCUAUAUAUCACACAAAAACAGACACUAACCAAGUAUCCAGAUUCUUUUCUGGAAGGGAUCAUAAAUGGAAAAAUAAUGUGCCCAUUCGAUGCAGAUGGUCAUUACUUCAUAGACAGAGAUGGACUGCUUUUCAGACACAUUCUCAACUUCCUACGAAAUGGAGAACUUCUUCUACCAGAAGGGUUUCGAGAAAAUCAACUUUUGGCACAAGAAGCAGAUUUUUUCCAGCUUAAGGUACUCUCGGACGCAGUGAAAUCGAGGUGGGAGAAGGAACAGCUAGCAUCUCGAGAGACUACUUUCCUGGAAAUCACUGACAGCCACGACCGUUCUCAAGGACUUAGAAUUUUUUGUAAUGCUCCUGAUUUCAUUGCAAAAAUAAAAUCCAGAAUUGUACUGGUGUCCAAAAGCAGGCUGGAUGGAUUUCCGGAGGAGUUUUCAGUAUCUUCAAAUAUUAUUCAAUUCAAGUACUUCAUAAAGUCUGAAAAUGGUACACGACUGGUACUGAAGGAGGACAACACCUUUGUCUGCACCCUGGAAACUCUUAAGUUUGAGGCUAUAAUGAUGGCUUUAAAAUGUGGAUUUAGACUGCUGACCAGUCUGGAUUGUUCGAAAGGGUCAAUUGUUCACAGUGAUGCUCUUCAUUUUAUCAAGUGAUCACAAAAGCAAAGGAAAUGAGCAUGCAGCCAGUAAACCUCCUUGACCUGCAGCCUCCUGGCAUCACAAAUAAUGUAUCUCUAUCUAACUAGCCUUGUACCACAGAGCUCGACUGCUAAUCAAUUGAUGUGAGCUAAUGGUAUGUAAGUCUCAUAAUGACAUCCAUCUCUGGCUUACUUAAGCUGAAUGAAAAUUUUAUGCCUGAAUUUAAUAAAUUAUCUGCUAAACAUCGUAAACACAGAUUGAAUGCUUUAUGCUAUUUGUAAUAUAUGUUUUCUCGAUGCUGUCUUUCAACCAGAAAGUCUAGCUGAAUUUUUGUGUACUUGUAUGACUAACAUGCAUACACCUAACUGCUCUGCUGAACAGCAGUGAGAGUAUUUUCAUACAAUAAGCAGGCUUAAAAUAUGUUUUGCUUAUAACCCAUUCAGAAUGGAUUUUAACUGGAAUAAAUGAUUUUGAAUGCUCA